AUGGUUGUUGGAGCAAGUGGUACAGGCAAAACAACCUUUGUGAACACUCUUUGUGAACAGAAUGUGAUCGAACACAAGGAUUCGGACAAUGCCCAAACGGCGCAUGUCGAGCUAGGCUUGCAAAUCCAGCCCGUUAAUCUUGAGGUGGAAUCGGAGGGGCUGCGCAUUGGCUUGACAAUUGUCGACACGCCCGGCUUUGGUGACAGCAUUGACAACGAGUACAUGUUUAACGAGAUUCUCGCGUUCAUUGAGCGUCAGUAUGAUGACAUUUUGUCUGAGGAAUCGCGGAUCCGUCGGAACCCACGCUUCCGCGACAAUCGUGUGCAUGCACUCGUGUACUUUAUCGCACCCACAGGCCAUUCAUUGCGCGAGAUGGACAUUGAAUUCAUGAGGCGGCUGAGCCCAAGGGUGAAUGUGAUCCCCGUUAUCGGAAAGUCCGACACAAUGACUCCAAGUGAAUUGCUCGAUUUCCGCAAGCGUGUGAUGGAGGAUAUUGAAUACUACGGCAUCCCCAUUUACAACUUCCCGUACGAUGCGGAAGAAGAUCACCCAGACACAAUCGCAGAGAAUAGUGAAUUGCGUUCGUUAUUGCCAUUUGCCAUUGUCGGCUCAGAGGACAAUGUGACAACGCCUGAAGGCGACGUCACGCUGGGUCGCUCCUAUCCAUGGGGUACAGUCGAGGUAUACAAUCCGGAUCAUUGCGACUUUGUGCGUCUGCGAAACUCGAUCUUCGGCUCGCAUCUGAAUGAUCUGAAGGAAAUCACCCACGACUUCUUGUACGAGAAUUACCGUACUGAGAAACUGUCGCGCGGCAUGCCUACGGACUACGCUGCUGAUGGUUCGCUCCAAAGCGAAGAUCUCGUCAAUCAGAGUGUUCGUCUGAAAGAAGACCAGUUGCGUCGUGAGGAAGAAAAGCUUCGCGAAGUGGAACUUCGCAUUCAACGUGAGAUUUUAGAGAAACGCCAGGAAUUGCUCGCCAAGGAAGAAAACUUGCGAUCGCUGGAAGGACGUGCGCAGUACCCAACGGCCUAA